AUGGAUAUUGUUAAGAAGGUCAACUACAGAUACAACAUCGUCUACAAGUUCCCAAGCCCGGUUCUGGAUGAUCUUCUCAAGCUAGCUAAAAGGUCUCCCCAUGAUAAUCUUGAUGUCUUCAGAAAGGAUUAUGGAAAGAUUUUAGGUUACUUGAAGAAACCUGAUGUUACUCAGGUUGUUGCUGCUCUUUAUUUGAGUGAAUAUAUUAUGAAGGCUAACUUUAAGAAGAAGGGAAGUGUUUGUGGUUAUCAUUUGAGUUUUCUGUUGAAAGAAGCUGGUGGUAUGGAUGAUAAGAAAGAUUGGAAGGCUCUCAAUGUUGUUUUAGCUUGUUGUGUUUAUGGGAUUGUGUUAUUUCCUAAUGAAGUGAAGUUCGUUGAUGAGAACAUUGUUGCUAUCUUCAUUCAAAGGAGUCAUGUUCCAACUCUCUUAGGAGAUUUUUAUCAUUCCAUACACUCUAGGAGUUACAAAGGGAAGGAUGGUGUCGUUCAUUGUUGUGCACCACUAUUAUACCAUUGGUUUAGAAGUCAUCUCCUUUGCCAAGGUGUUUUUGUUGAUAUCCAAGACACCUUGAAGUGGUCCCAAAGUCUGAUGGGACUCACCUCCAAGGACAUUGACUGGUACAAACAUAGUUUGAGUAGGUCGGAAAGUAAAGAAGUGAUCUUUAGCUGUGGGGAGUUCCCCAAUGUGCCUGUCAUGGGGAUGAGGGGUGGCAUUAAUUACAACCCAACUAUUUCCCAAAGACAAUUAGGGUAUGCUUUAAAAGAUCCACCUAAGGAUAAAGAUGUACUACUUGCAAAGAAUGAAGAGUUAGGGGUAAAGCUCCUUGUGGCCAGUCAAGAGAAAUCUCAAUUGUCUCACAAACUUAAGAAAGUUCAAAGAGAAGUGACUGGGGUUGUGAAAUUUAAGAAGAGAUCAAGGUUUGAAGAUGGUAGAGAAAUCACGUAUGUUUCUGUUGAAGUUCAUAAAGAGGUUCUUGAAGAAGAUGAAGAUAAGAUCAAGCGAAAGCACCGAGAUUAUGAAGUUCUUAAAGCAUCCAAAUCCAAUAUGGAGAAAAGAUACAGAGACAAGAUUGAAGAGUCAGAGAAGAAACUCCAAGCUAAAGAUUUCCAGUUUGAAGAGAAGAACACUCAGAUGCUAGGGGUGGAGACUCAACUCAAAGGAAGCAACAUUCAGUUGGGAAACGUUGUAGAGGAGGUUGCAAGUCUCAAGGUUCAGUUGGAGGGAAAAGAUGAUGAUCCUACACAGAUUCUGCUUCCAGAAUGCAAUGAGUGCGAGAAGUUGAUUGAGCAGUGCUAA